GGCCAAUCCUCCGCCUCCUCCCCUGCUCUCGCCAUCGCACGCCCGCGCAGAACCCACCCAAGACCCAGCCCCUCGCUCGCUCGCUCGCCCGCCGAGAUCCAUGGCGGCCGCGGCGCGGGAGGGGGAGUUCAGCGAGCGCGAGCUCGAGGUGGCCGCCAUUCUCGCCGACCUGCCGUCCAUCGUGCGGGCCUGCAACCGCCGCCGCCGCCAGCAGGAGAAGCAGCAGCAGGCGCGGCCGGAGAUCCCCUCCUGGGGCCGGCGCCGGCCGCGGAGGGCCCCGGCGGCGCCGCCGGCCGAGAAGCCCGCGGCGGCCGGUGAUGACGAGAGGAGCGAGGGCGUCGCCAGCCCGGACACCCCGCUCGCCUUCCCGGAGGACGACGAGCACGCCGAGGCCGCCGCCGCGGCGGCCGUGGAGGACGCGGCCAAGGCCACCGCGCAGGACAAGGUGAGCCGCCGGGCCGCGAGAUCUGCGCCCGCCCGCCUCCCUCCGCCAAUCCGGCCCGCCUCGAUUCCGAUUUCUCGCUCCUCGUUGACGUCUCCCUCUGUUCAGUGGGCGCAGGAGCAGCGCGGCGUGGUCGCGAGCUUGUCCCACGAGAACGCCCAUCUCCUAAAGCAAAUCGAGGACUUCAGGGCCCGGCUGCACACCUCGCGGAGCACCAACGACAGCCUCAAGCAGAUUCACCAGAGCAAGCACAAGAAGCGGCACCGGCCGGAGGAGGAGGAGGAGGGGCAUAGAUGGAAGCUGCCGCAGGCGCGCGCCGCCGACCGGCCGGCGCUGGACCUCAACGAGCCGGCGGAGGCCGACGCCGAGGACGGCAGGCCGCCGCAGACUGCCGCUCUGGCGGCGGCGCAGUGGGUCCACCGAGGGCACCACCAGCAGAACCAGCAGCAGCAGCUGAUGCAGAUGCAGCACAAGGCGGCGCGGCGGCGGCGGCAGGAGAUCCGGCGGGCCAAGGCCGCGGCGGGCAGGACGCGGCGGCAAGGAUAAGGAUAGAGCGCGGCGGGGCCACAACAACGGCCAGCGCAAUGUCGAGAUUUUUUUUUCAGUUUGAGGCGUGCUGGUAGCGGUGUCCCCGUGCUGGAUCAAGAGUGCGACGCCAUUUUGGUCGGAUUGGAAUUUUGCGAGGUGGAUUUUCCAUGGACGAGCUGCGCGAGGUAGUGCUGGUGGUAGUAUACUAGUAUAGUGGUAGAACUCCAGCUAAGUUGUAUCAUCUGUUGGCAAUUAGCCAACAUUAAUUUAAAUUACAAUAAACAAUACUAGUGUAUUACAUUCAUGAAUACCAUUAUGUAUUCAUUAUGGCGUAUAUGAGUGGGUUAGUGUGUUCA